UUACGUUUCUUCCAGCUCCGCCCCUGGCAAUAUAUUCUCCGUGACACAGCUUUAGACCCUCUGUUCAAAAAAUCAACAGGCUCUUCUCGUUCUCUCUCCGUCGUCUUCUUCCUCCAUCAGAGUACCUCUCACCCCGAACUCCCAGAUUUCGUCAGCUUGACACUAGGUACCACAUUUAUUGCCUGCUGUCAGUUUUGGAUGGGAACCAAGGAGCAUGACACUGUUUUUAAAGAUGACGAGCCUCCUACUAUUGGCCACGAUAAUAUUUCGUUGAGCCAGGUUGAUUCUUCAACAAGCGCAGUUCAUUGCAAUUCAAAUGUAAAUAUUGAAAGUAAUGAAGUUAAAAAGUUAAGUGAGGUUGUCAGCAACAUUAACAAUACCCCAUAUAUUUAUAGACAAGACGUUGUGAGGAGCAAGAGUGGUAUGACUGGGAUUGUAACUGAGGUUGCUGGUGAUUCAGAUUCUGAUAGUAGCAUCAUUGAUGAGGAGGAUGAUGAUGAAGAUGAUUACUACGAUGAUGAUGAGAAUGAGGAAGAAGGUGGUAAUAACAAUAAUACUACUCGUGGGAAUAGUGACAAGAACAAAAAUGGUAGUAAUGAUAAGACUGGUCCCCUUCCUGCUGACCAAGUUCGAGUACUUUGGAUGGAUGAGACAGAGUCAACCCAAAAUAUUAAUGAUGUAACGGUUGUUGAUCGAGGGUUCUUACAUGGGGAUUUUGUUGCUGCUGCUUCUGACCCAACUGGGCAAGUUGGUGUCGUGGUGGAUGUCAAUAUCUCUGUUGAUCUAUUAGCUCCUGAUGGGUCAGUCAUAAAAGACCUUUCAUCCAACGAAUUAAAACGUGUGAGGGAGUUCACUGUGGGUGAUUAUGUGGUCCUUGGUCCCUGGCUAGGUAGGAUUGAUGAUGUUUAUGAUAAUGUGACAGUUUUGUUUGAUGAUGGUUCUGUGUGUAAAGUUAUGAAAGCAGAUCCGAUGGACCUGAAACCAGUUUCCAAGAAUAUGCUUGAAGAUGUGCAUUUCCCUUACUACCCAGGGCAGCGUGUGAGGGCAAGGUCAUCAGUUUUCAAGAAUGCUAGGUGGCUAUCUGGCUUGUGGAAACCUAAUCGCGUGGAAGGUACUGUUACUAAGGUUACAGUUGCUUCAGUAUUAAUUUAUUGGAUAGCUUCUGCUGGCUGUGGGCCAGAUUCUUCUACUGCACCUGCUAAAGAGCAGGUUCCCAAGAACUUGAAAUUACUGUCUUGUUUUACGCAUGCAACUUGGCAAUUGGGUGAUUGGUGUCUUCUCCCCUCAUCAGUGUCAUCGUCUUCCCUUCCUUUAGACAAGGGAUCAUCAGAAUUAGAACUUAAUGAUUCUGUAAGCAGUGAGUUAGAACCUAGUCAAAUGGGUUGUAAGUGUGAUUCAGAAGAGAGUGCGCUAGAUGAAUCAAAUGGAAAUCAUGAAUCCAUGGAAAUCGAUCCAGUAUCUGUAUUAGAUGGAAACAAUGGAAUUACUGGAAGGAAUACAUCUGUUGAAUCUAGUUCCUUUAAUAGUUCAUUGUCAGUUUCAAAGGAGCCUGUUCAUGAAACUUGGCCUCUUCAUCGCAAAAAAAUCCGCAAAGUUGUGGUUAGGAGAGACAAGAAGGCACAUAAGGAAGAAAAUUUUGAAAGAUCCUUUUUGAUUGUCAAUACCAAGACAACAGUUGACGUGGCAUGGCAGGAUGGCACGACAGAACUUAAACUGGACUCAAAAGAUUUAAUUCCGCUUGAUAGUCCGGGUGACCACGAAUUUGUUGCUGAACAGUAUGUGGUGGAGAAGGCGACUGAUGAUGGUGAUGAUGCUUAUGAAGCUAGGCAUGUUGGGCUUGUGAAAAGUGUCAAUGCCAAGGAGAGAACAGCUUGUGUAAGGUGGUUAAAGCCAGUUUCCAGACCAGAAGAUCCUAGAGAGUUUGACAAAGAGGAAAUUGUGAGCGUCUAUGAGCUUGAGGGGCAUCCGGAUUAUGAUUACUGUUAUGGGGAUGUUGUUGUCAGAUUAUUGCCAGUUUUUGUCCCUGCACAAACUGCUUCAGGUACAGAAUUCGAUGAGGAACCAAAACAACAAAACGGACCAAGCGAGCUUAGUUCUGCUUCUACAAAAAAAGAUCUAUCUAGUGAUGAAGCUUGUUUGGACUUCUCAGAUCUUUCUUGGGUUGGAAAUAUAACUGGUCUUAAGAAUGGGGAUAUUGAAGUUACAUGGGCUGACGGGAUGGUUUCUACGGUUGGACCUCAAGCAAUUUAUGUUGUUGGCCGAGCUGAUGAUGAUGACUCUAUCGAUGCUGGAAGUGAUGUUAGUGAUGCUGCUAGUUGGGAAACGGUUAAUGAUGACGAGACGCCUGCACUAUGUGCCCCUGCAAUCACAGAAGAGGAAGUCCGGCUACAAAAUUCCUUUGGUAUGAAUUUUGAAGCAGAAGAAAGUGGAGAGAACAAUUCUGGAAGGAACCCAGCAUUGUCUGUUCCCUUGGCUGCAUUCAGGUUCGUUACCAGACUGGCGCAUGGUAUAUUCUCAAGGGGACAAAGGAAUUUGGAUUCAAUUCUUUGGAUAAUGAAGGUGAGGGCGAAGGUGAAGUUGAGCCUCGGGAAGUGGAAAUUUCUCAGGGAAGAGAUCAUGGUGAAGAUUCCAGCUCUCAGAAUUCUAAUGGCUGCAGAAAUGUUGGAUGCAGCAGAAGUUCUAUGCAACUUAAAGACUGAAGACUCAUAUUCUAUAGAAUGCACUAAGGAUGAUGCUUGCAGUUUCAAACGCUUUGAUAUUGCCAAAGAUCCUUUGGAUCAUCAUUUCCUUUGUGCAGCUGGGCAGAAUACCAGUGGAAGAAAGUGGUUGAAGAAGGUUCAGCAAGAUUGGAACAUCCUUCAAAAUAACCUUCCUGAUGGGAUUUGUGUACGAGUGUAUGAAGACCGAAUGGAUCUCUUGAGGGCAGUUAUAGUUGGGGCUUAUGGGACACCUUACCAAGAUGGCCUCUUCUUUUUUGAUUUUCACCUCCCUCCAGAGUACCCUGAUGUUCCUCCGACAGCAUACUAUCAUUCUGGUGGCUGGCGGAUAAAUCCAAAUCUAUAUGAAGAAGGCAAAGUGUGUCUUAGUCUUUUGAAUACUUGGACUGGCAGAGGGAAUGAAGUAUGGGAUUCAAAGUCUUCUAGCAUCCUUCAAGUUCUUGUUUCACUCCAGGGGUUGGUGCUAAAUUCUAAGCCAUAUUUUAAUGAAGCUGGCUAUGAUAAGCAGGUCGGGACGGCUGAAGGAGAGAAAAAUUCAUUGUCCUACAAUGAGAAUACUUUCUUACUGAACUGCAAGACAAUGAUGUAUCUUAUGCGGAGGCCACCAAAGGACUUUGAAGAGCUCAUCAAUGACCAUUUCCGGAGGCGUGGUUAUUAUAUCUUGAAGGCCUGUGAUGCAUAUAUGAAAGGCUAUUUGAUUGGUUCUCUCACUAAAGAUGCCUCUCUUAGUGAUAAGAGCGAUGUAAAUUCAACUUCGGUUGGUUUCAAGUUGAUGUUAGCUAAGAUUGUGCCAAAGCUUUUCUCGGCCCUGAGUGCGGUUGGAGCUAAUUGUCAAGAAUUUAAGCAUCUGCAACAAUCGUAAGACAGGCAUGGAGAUUCUAUUUGCCAAGUUCUCGGAUCCAUCAAGCCAAAAAGGUCAAUCCGUUUUGAUCAGUUGUUAUUUUCUGAAGAUUUCGGAUACUUUGUCAAUGUAAGGGGCUUUCACGUUCUAUUUGAAUUCAUUUUUUUAAACUCAAUAGAAACUGAAAGCCUGUCCCAUUUUAGGUUAGAAUUCAGCUAUCCCCGGGCAUAUAUACCUGGUCAUAAGGCAGACUAUCUCCUGUUUUAGGCAUGGCGGCGUUUGUCGGGGCAAAGUUGCCGGCACUCCCUCUAUUUUCAUAAACGAUGUUGCCAUAACUGGUGGUAGCUUUUGGCAGGGGCUUUCUGCUGUUGCAAAAGCGACCAAAGAUUUGCAUUCACUUUCCGUUUGGUCCUUGUUCAGAAUUUGUAUGGAUUGAAUUGAUAUUAUAUCAGAUUAACUAUGUGAAUUGGCUUCUCACCAUUCAUUUCAA